ACGCAUUUUAUUUUACGUGUUUCGAAGUUUACGUGUUAAACUACGAAGCGCGGGUGUUUUGUUUAUCUCAGUGUGCUGGGUGGGAAGGAUUUCUGCGGCACAAUGGUUCUCUAGUUCUGUAGCCGGCGUCUUUCAUAAAGUUAGGUGACAUGUGCAGAGUGCGAUAAGAGGACAGUGCAGCAUAUUAAUAGUGAUUUAAAGUGCCACCCGAAGCGAAACGCUCAUAAAUUUGAGUGCGAAACACCAUGACUGUGACCUACACCGCGGAAGUUGCCACCUGCCGGGGGUUUGGCUGCUUUCUGAAGCUGUUGAUGAGAUGGCGUGGAAGUAUUUACAAACUUGUCUGGUUAGAUUUAAGCUGUUUCCUGCUGCUGUAUUAUGUGUUAAACGUAACCUAUCGUUUCGGGCUGUCAGAGGAUCAUAAGCGAAUUUUUGAGGAACUCGCCAAGUACUGUGCCACGUACAGUAAUCUGAUCCCGCUCUCGUUCGUGCUCGGUUUCUACGUCACCAUCGUCAUGACGCGAUGGUGGAAUCAGUACACCAGCAUUCCCUGGCCUGACCCAAUAGCCGUUUUCGUCAGCGCCAACAUUCACGGGCAGGAUGAACGAGGCCGUGUUAUGCGCCGUACGAUAAUGCGCUACGUUUGCCUGUGCCUCACGAUGGUGCUGACCAAUAUCUCGCCACGUGUCAAGAAGCGUUUCCCUACGAUCGAGCAUCUGGUCGAGGCCGGUCUGUUGAACGACAACGAACACAAGAUCAUGUCGCACCUGAAUCAAAAGUUUCCGCGCCACUCGAAGCACUGGCUGCCGAUAGUCUGGGCGGCGAGUAUCGUCACGCGGGCCCGCAAGGAAGGACGAUGUCGGGAUGAUUUCGCAUCCAAAACCAUCAUCGACGAGCUGAACAAGUUCCGCGGCCAAUGCGGGCUCCUCAUUUCGUACGACACGAUCAGCAUACCGCUCGUGUACACGCAGGUCGUUACGCUGGCCGUGUACAGCUACUUCCUGACCUCGGUCAUGGGCCAGCAGUGGGUGGAAACGAAAGAGCUGGGCGAGGGUGUGGUCAACAAGAUCGAUCAGUACUUCCCCAUCUUCACGACGCUUCAGUUUUUCUUCUACAUGGGCUGGCUGAAGGUGGCCGAGUCGUUGAUCAAUCCGUUCGGGGAGGACGACGACGAUUUCGAGGUGAACUGGAUAGUGGAUCGCAACCUUCAGGUAUCCUACUUGAUCGUGGACGAAAUGCACCACGAACAUCCGGAGCUGCUGAAGGAUCAGUACUGGGACGAAAUCUUCCCCUCGGAGCUACCGCACACGGUGGCAUCGGCCGCUGACAGGGAGGAACCGCCCCUUCCGUCGACGGCAGAUAUUGUGGUCAAGAAGCGGGAAGCGGAAGUCAUCCCGGUCGUACCGACGGCGGUGCGCAUCGAUGAAAUGGUCGGUAAAGAAAAUCAGGGUGUUGAGUAUAAGUUCCCAGAAAAUCCUGACGAAGAGAUGGAUGAUAACGUCAGCGGUAUUCAUUUUCAUGUCUCCGACAAACCAUACAAUCGUGGCGGAAGCUCGGCCGCCAGCCUGGCCAGUGUUGCGGGUACAAUGUCGCGAGUCAACACGGUUACGUCGGCCUUGAAACGAUUCUUCAGCAAGGAUGAAUCAAGCCGCCCGAACAGCGCCACUCCGCAGGAUGGAGGAUCCGUUCCGUUCAAAUUUCCCGGUUCGGCCAGCUCUACUAAUCUAACCGGGCGCGUCCCGGACCGGGCAAUGGGCAGCAUGCGCAUCACGGAUCAGGUCAUCGAAGAAGUCGACGAACAGCUGACCAUCACGUCGAUGCAGGGCAACAACGAUGCUCGGCCGACGGCUGCCAGCGUGUUCGAGCACGGACCACCGAAGCCCAGUGAACCGGUCGAUGUGCCUCAACCUUACAAUCGAACCCAGUCGUCGGUGGCUCACGGAUUCCCUUCGCAACUGACGCCACCGGGACCAGAGUCGAUGCUUUCGGCUUCGGCUCCCGAAACGGGACGCUUUGAGCACCAAUAUAUCCCCAUGAGUCCCACCGAUCCUGAUAAUGUGCCUAUCCUCGGAACCGCCGGCUCGAAUAGAACCGCGGUGGACGAGACGGACCGUGUGACGACAACGUUCGAGACCCAAGAAACGGAAACGGAGCAGAUGGAACGGAAGACGCGACUGUUGGCGCGAUCCAUCAGCAAGCAGGCCGUACUGGGGCUGAUCAACACCGAUAUGCUGCUGGAUGAGCUCACUAAGAGCACGGGUGAUCUGGAGGACAAGAAACCGUCCUCGCAAAAUACUCCCGACAAUCCGACGUCCGAUUCGAACAGUAACGUCGACACGACCUUAUGAUUUUGUCUGUCCGACUUCGACAUGUCCGAUGUCAUCAUGGUGAAUGUGAAGGACAACAGUGCCAACAGCAGGUAGCAGCUCUAGCAUCGGAUCGUGUACCUUCCGGUCCGUGGGUGGAACUGGAACUAGGGUAGUUGCGGACAAAUUGCAAGCCGUUCGAUUCCCCCACCCCGGACACAAUGAAAUUUAAUCUCUCCUUUUGCUCCGCUACUAGAACACAGAUCGGUUCUGUUCGCACCUAUUACUAGUUUGGCAUCGUCGAACAUGGCACUGUCUCAACUCAUUCAGCAACAGUAAUACAACACAUUAAAUAGAAAGUUUACGCAGAAGCAGAGUGAGAUAGUAGGAGGAUGAGAAAGUGUAUCUACUUUCUUUAUUGUCAACCAGUAUUCUCAAGAACCGUAAUUUAAGGAAGGUGGGCAGACGAGAAGACGAGCGUCUGUAAAAAUGAAUCUAAGAUUUUUUAAACACAUUUUACAAACAAUAAUCGAUCUAAGGUGAUACAUUUUUGGUAGCUAGAUGAUGUUGGCAGGAAACUUCUGCAACAAAUAGGUAAAACUAUUCAACGCGCACAUUACCAGUUGUCGAUAAAUUGUGGCCUAUACAAGCGCGUGCGCCUUCAAGUGUUAGCGAUUCAAUGUGAUGUAUUCCAGGACGAGCUUAGCCGUCCGCGUCCGCAGCGAAAGAAGACACAUGUUAAAAAACACCUCUUUACAGCUGCCGCGUGUUGUUUAUUUGAUAUUUUUCGUUGCAGCCGCGCAACUGUGUUGCUAAAAGCUUACGAAAAGACAGAACGAUCGACAUCGACGGUGUUGUGUUGAUCGUGCAUUUUAAGGAUAUCGAA